AAAGACCCCAGAUUCCAGUCUCAAGUAUCAGCCAAGUUGCUUCGGUGAAGAAGAUCUUACAUUCUCAUAUUCUUUUCCAGGAAACGGAGUCGCAGGACAGGACCAUGUCGGAUAUUACUCAAGAACUGGAGGAAAUUCAUCAACAACCUCCACAACAAGUGGAAGACGAGGUGACUAUUGACAUCAAAACAAUGAUUCAAGAUAGUGGAAAUGGCAAUUUGUUACCAGAAUGUUGUAUUUACAAAGUGCCCCCUCCGAUCCGUGAUCUAAAACCAAAGGCUUACACUCCACAAGUUGUUUCAAUUGGCCCCUUCCAUCAUGGUAAUGAGAGGCUCCUGGAGAUGGAAAAACACAAGCAAAUCAUGUUCAAAAGAUUUACACAAAGAGUCAAAAGAUUUACACAAAGAACCAUGGUGAGCUUGGAUGAUUUGGUUCGUCAUGUAAAAAAAUUAGAGCCGAAAGUUCGUGCUUCUUAUUCAGAGCACAUUAACCUUACCGAACAAGGACUUGUGAAACUCACAUUAAUGGAUGCUGGCUUCAUCAUUGAACUCUUCAUCAUGUUCUAUGAGGGUCGGGAAGGCAAAAUCAUCAAUAAUGAUGCCAAAUUGUCACAACAAUGGUUAGUGAAUGCUUUGAUUUUAGAUUUGCUUUUACUUGAGAAUCAACUUCCAUUAUUUAUUAUUGAAGAGCUAUUCAAUAAAGCUUUAUCCCCUAGCAUUACUAACCUACCUGAAUUUCGUGUGCUCACAUAUGAAUUCUUUAAGUUUCAUAACCACCAAAAUUUAGAGCCUACUCUUGAUCUUAGGAUAAAGCAUUUUACAGAUCUUCUUAGAUUGUUUAACGUACAAAGAACAAUGCCUCCAGAGAGUUCAUUUCGAGAGGUUGAGAACCAUGUCCUUUUAUACAAUGCAAGCGCAUUGCAAGAAGCAGGUAUAAAGUUCAAGGAUAGUAUGAGCAAGUGCUUAUUGGAUUUGAAGUUUUCAGGACACAUUCUUGAAAUUCCAAAAAUUCUUGUGGAAGAUAGAACUGAACUUUUGUUUCGAAAUAUGAUAGCAUUAGAGCAGUGUCAUUAUCUUAAUGCUUCAUACAUUACUAACUAUGCUCUUGUAUUGGAUUGCCUAAUCAACACUAAUAAAGAUAUGGAUCUCCUCAUUCACAACAACAUAGUCAACAACAUUAUGGUUGAUUCCAAUGAAGUUGCUAUGUUGUUUAAUGGUCUUUGUAAAAAUGUGAUUCAUUUGAAUUUCAACUCUGAGUACCUUGAUAUCUGCAAAAGGUUGAAUGGCUUUUGUCAAGAUCCUAGGAACAAGAUGAAGGCAACUUUGAGACGCGAUUAUUGUCGUACACCUUGGCAAAUUGUUGCUUCUAUUGCUGUAAUUGUACUCCUCAUUCUCACUCUUGUUCAAACCAUUUGUUCUAUCCUUCAAGUAGCAUAUAUAGAAGAUUGAUUUAAAACAUUGUAUAAUUUUGAAAUUUGAUUAUCAUGUGUAUCAUCAGACUUGUAAUAACUCUGAGAUGUGAUUAAUAAUAUGGUUAAAGUGUUAA